AAACAAAUUGAAAAAAAAAAAAAAUGAAAAACAGGUGUUGAUCAUGAACAAUAUUUGAGUACUACUACUAGCAAACAAUACAAGGAAAGCAACAAAAAACCAAACCUUUUAAAAUUUACGUCUCAAUUCUCCCGUUACAUGUCCAUAUACAAAUACAAUAAUAGUAUUGUGGGCAUGCAUAUAUCAGCCACUUGCUAAAAUUAUCAGAAUUUAGGUGUAACAAAGGUAAGCCCUCAUUGCCAUGCAUUUUGAAAAAUGGCCAAAUUAUAAAAAUUAUGUGUCACUCUUUCAUCUUUCUCAUUUUUCCUAUAAAUUCACCUCUUCAACACAUACAUUCUCCAUUCGCCACAAAUUCAAUAUCCUCCCUCCAAAAAAAACAAGCAAAAAAAAAAAAAGUAAAAAAUGGCUAAGUCUACUACUACAUUGUUUCUUCUUAGUUGUUCAAUAGCACUAGUGUUGUUGAAUGGGUGCAUGGGCCAAGGAAGGAUGCGAGAGAUGCAAGGCAAUGAGUGCCAAAUUGACCGGCUUACCGCCCUCGAACCGACGAACCGGAUUCAGGCUGAGGGUGGAUUGACUGAGGUGUGGGACACCCAAGACCAGCAGUUCCAAUGCUCCGGUGUGUCUGUUAUUAGACGUACCAUUGAGCCUAAUGGUCUUCUUUUGCCUUCUUUCACUAGUGGCCCUGAGCUCAUUUACAUUGAGCAAGGGAAUGGAAUAAGUGGGCUAAUGAUCCCGGGAUGCCCCGAGACAUUUGAAUCAAUGUCACAAGAAUCAUGGAGAGAGGGUAUGGAGCGAGGAAUGAGGGGCGGUCGCUUCCAAGACCAACACCAGAAGAUCAGGCACCUCCGUCAAGGCCACAUUUUCGCAAUGCCGGCUGGAGUUGCUCACUGGGCUUACAACACCGGAAAUGAGCCUCUUGUUGCUGUUAUCCUCAUUGACACCUCUAACCAUGCUAACCAACUUGACAAGGAUUAUCCCAAGAGAUUCUACCUAGCUGGUAAACCCCAACAAGAGCACAGUCGCCACCAGCACAGAGGUGGAGAAUCCCAGAGGGGUGAACGCGGCAGCGGCGGCAACGUAUUCAGUGGGCUAGGCACCAAGACCAUAGCUCAAUCCUUCGGAGUUAGUGAGGACAUAGCCGAGAAGCUCCAAGCCGAGCAAGACGAGAGAGGCAACAUAGUCUUAGUGCAAGAGGGUCUUCAUGUGAUCAAGCCCCCAAGCAGCAGGUCAUAUGAUGAUGAGAGGGAACAACGCCGCCAUCGUAGCCCAAGGUCUAACGGCUUGGAAGAGACCAUAUGCUCGGCUCGUCUUAGUGAGAACAUCGACGAACCCUCUAAGGCCGAUGUUUACUCCCCGGAAGCUGGUAGACUUACUACCCUUAACAGCUUCAACCUCCCCAUCCUCAGCAACCUCCGCUUGAGUGCUGAGAAGGGUGUCCUUUACAGGAACGCGAUCAUGGCACCACACUACAACCUAAACGCCCACAGCAUAAUCUACGGUGUACGAGGAAGAGGACGUAUCCAAAUCGUGAACGCACAAGGAAACUCGGUGUUCGACGACGAGCUAAGACAAGGACAACUAGUGGUAGUCCCACAGAACUUCGCAGUGGUGAAGCAAGCCGGUGAGGAAGGGUUCGAGUGGAUCGCCUUCAAGACAUGUGAGAACGCUUUGUUCCAAACCCUAGCAGGCCGAACAUCCGCCAUCCGUGCCAUGCCCUUAGAAGUGAUCUCAAACAUCUACCAGAUCUCCCGUGAACAGGCGUACCGCCUCAAGUUUAGCCGGUCCGAAACCACCCUCUUCCGCCCCGAGAACCAAGGGCGCCAAAGGAGGGAUUUGGCUGCUUAAGUUGGAAAAAACAACAAUGUAGUAUGCAUGGCAUAAUGGUCACAUUAUAUAUCAUGUAAUGUGAAGGAUUUUUAGGUUGUUUUUUUAAAUAAUUAGGAUGGAUAACAAAAUAAAAGGUAGUCCUUUAGAAGGUCCCUUGUUUUGAAGGUGUACGUUUAGUUGAGAGGAUUGGAGCUGUUAUGUAUAAACUUGUCAAUGGUCAAAUGCAAAGUUCCAACAACACUAAAAUGGUUUCUAAUAAAUUUUCAUUUACUUUCC